GAGAGCAAGGGCUAUGACUUCGAGUCGGAGACGGACACAGAGAGCAUCGCCAAACUGGUCAAGUACAUGUACGACAACCGGGACAGCGACGACAUCAGCUUCACCACGCUGGUGGAGAGGGUGAUCCAGCAGCUGGAGGGUGCCUUUGCCCUUGUGUUCAAAAGUGUCCAUUAUCCGGGUCAGGCAGUCGGUACCAGGCGAGGCAGCCCCCUGCUCAUCGGAGUGCGCAGCGAGCACAAGCUCUCCACCGACCACAUCCCCAUCCUCUACCGGACGGCCGUACAAUCUAUGGAUCAUUCUUUUGAUGGAAUAUCCAUAAAAAUGGAGGAAGGCAAGGACAAGAAGGGGAGUUGCAACCUGUCGCGCGUCGACAGCACCACCUGCCUUUUCCCCGUCGAGGAGAAAGCUGUGGAGUACUACUUCGCUUCGGACGCUAGCGCUGUCAUCGAGCAUACCAACAGAGUGAUUUUCCUCGAAGACGAUGACGUAGCAGCUGUGGUCGAUGGGCGCCUUUCCAUCCAUCGGAUCAAACGCAGGGCGGGCGACCACCCCGGCCGCGCCGUCCAGACCCUGCAGAUGGAACUUCAGCAAAUCAUGAAGGGGAACUUCAGCUCAUUUAUGCAGAAGGAAAUUUUCGAACAGCCGGAAUCUGUUGUGAAUACGAUGAGAGGAAGAGUCAACUUUGACGACUACACUGUAAAUCUUGGCGGCUUAAAGGAUCACAUUAAGGAGAUUCAGAGGUGUCGCCGUUUAAUCCUCAUUGCUUGCGGGACAAGUUACCACGCUGGAGUUGCGACCCGUCAGGUUCUGGAAGAACUGACAGAAUUACCUGUUAUGGUCGAACUGGCCAGUGACUUCUUGGACAGAAACACCCCUGUCUUCAGAGACGAUGUUUGCUUUUUCCUCAGCCAGUCAGGUGAGACAGCAGAUACUUUGAUGGGUCUGCGGUACUGCAAAGAGAGAGGAGCCCUGACCGUCGGGAUAACCAACACGGUCGGCAGCUCGAUAUCGCGAGAGACAGAUUGCGGAGUCCACAUCAACGCAGGGCCAGAGAUUGGGGUUGCCAGUACCAAGGCGUACACCAGCCAGUUUGUCUCUCUGGUGAUGUUUGCUCUGAUGAUGUGCGAUGACAGAAUUUCUAUGCAGGAAAGGCGCAAGGAAAUCAUGCGUGGUCUGAAGGGACUGCCAGAUUUAAUUAAAGAAGUGCUGAGUAUGGAUGAUGAGAUCCAGAAGCUGGCCACGGAGCUGUACCAUCAGAAGUCUGUUCUCAUCAUGGGACGUGGCUACCAUUACGCUACGUGCCUCGAGGGAGCUUUGAAAAUUAAAGAAAUUACCUACAUGCACUCCGAAGGGAUACUGGCAGGCGAGCUGAAGCACGGCCCUCUUGCGCUUGUGGACAAACUGAUGCCCGUAAUCAUGAUCAUCAUGAGAGACCACACAUACGCCAAGUGCCAGAACGCUCUCCAGCAGGUCAUUGCGCGGCAAGGGCGACCCGUCGUGAUCUGUGAUAAGGAAGACAUCGAGACGAUUAAGAACAACAAGCGAACGAUCAAAGUUCCCCACUCGGUGGACUGUCUGCAGGGGAUCCUGAGCGUGAUCCCCCUUCAGCUUCUGGCUUUCCACCUCGCAGUUCUCAGAGGUCUGCAGGUUGAUUUUCCGAGAAAUCUGGCCAAGUCCGUAACUGUAGAGUGA